UGAAAGAGGCCGAGAGCCGAAGUUUGGCGGCAUGGACGCCUCGGCCUGCAUGAAGUCGCUGCUCCUAGCGGCCUCUCAGUACCGGGCGGCUCGAACCCAGCCCAACGCAGCGCUCCUGCAGCGGAGUCUGGAGGUCAUCUCGGGACUGAAGCUGACAAAAUUCUUUGCCUCAAACCAGAUUUUACCAAGUGAAUGUCUGAGCUGUUUAGUAGAGCUUAUUGAAGACCCAAAUAUAAGCCCAUCACUAGCCUUGAAUGUAGUGGGCUUGCUCGCUCAACUAGUUCUAGACAGCGAGACCAGAGAAACCCUUCAGAAUACUUACAAUCUGUGUAGUGUUCUGGCAGGUGUGAUUCUUCGAAGUCCUAGCAACCCUAUUGAUCCAAUAUUACUCCAGAGUGUUCAACUUCUUCAGAAAUUGACCUAUACUUCAAGAGUAUUCCACACCUGUGCUCAUAUUGAUGACUUAGUUUUAUUCCUUUUGAAUCGUAUCCAAUCUACAGAAGAUGAGUUAACUAUUCCAUGCCUGGGGCUUUUGGCAAAUCUGUGUCGACAUAAUCUUUCCAUUCAAACACACAUCAAAUCAUUGACUAAUGUGAAGAGCUUCUAUCGCACUCUGAUCAGUUUUUUGGCUCACAGUAGUCUAACAAUGGUCGUAUUUGCACUUUCAAUAUUAUCAAGUCUUACAUUAAAUGAAGAAGUUGGAGAAAAGCUUUUUCAUUCCAGAAAUAUUCAUCAGACUUUCCAAUUAAUAUUCAACAUUCUGGUGAAUGGGGAUGGAACACUAACAAGAAAGUAUUCCGUUGAUCUGCUCAUGGACCUGCUGAAAAACCCAAAAAUUGCAGAUUAUCUUACUAAGUAUGAACAUUUUACCUCCUGUCUCAGUCAAGUGUUGGGCCUUCUUCAUGGGAGGGAUGCUGAUUCAUCAGCGAAGGUGUUAGAGUUACUCCUUGCCUUCUGUUCAGUAACAGAACUUCGGCAUAUUUUGCGUCAAGCAAUAUUGGAACCAAAUAAAGCAAGCAGUGGAAGUGCAAGACUUGCAACUCGAUCGAAACCUUCAGAGCCAUCUGUUGUCUUAGUACAUUGGUCAAACCAACCAUUGGAAGCAUCUGAAAAAUGCUCAAAUCUCGCCUUGGAGCUGUUCAAAGAGAUACUUGAGGAUGUCAUAGAUACUGGUAAUAGUACUACAGCCGAGCGCUUUGUGGAUCUUCUCCUGCCUGUUCUACUUGACCACCUUCAUUUCCAAGAUCAUAAAAUGGAAGAUGUGUUGGCAAAGAAGAAAUGUGAAAGAAUGAUCAGAGCCAUUGAUAUCUUGAUAACUCUUUGUGCAGAUGACAUGCUAAAAAUUCAUGUUACUAAAGUUCUCACAACUAGCAAAUGUACAUCUUUGAUUGAACACCAGUUUACAUGCAAUGGGGUUGACUUUGGUUUUGGAGCAAAAGUAAUGGAUACGGAACUGAGUAAGCUUGCUGCUGAUCUAAUCCUGAAAAUGCUGGAUCUCAUGAGCAAGCUUAAGCAGUUGGUACCUAAUAUGGAAGUCAGCUUUUAUAAAGUUCUUCAAGAUCAGCGUUUGGUUACACCUCUGGCAUUUGCUUUAACAUCAGAUCACAGGGAGCAAGUGCAGGCUGGACUCAGACUAUUAUUUGAAGCAGCGCCAUUACCAGAUUUUCCCGCUAUAAUGCUUGGUGAAAGUAUUACAGCUAAUAAUUCGUACAGACAACAGGAAGCAGAUCAUGUAUCUAAAAGAAGCCACAUGCAAACAUCCCUGACCAGUGUUAACUCAUUGAAGUGCUCUAUAAUUUGUCCUCCAAAUGAUGAUGUUGAGAUGCACAACGUUCAGGAACUGAUAGAGAAACUCCAAUCUGGCCUGGAGAUGAAGGAAUCCGUCACAGACAUAAGGAUUUCUGAAAUAAUGGAUGUAUAUGAGCAAAAAUUGUCUGCAUUUGCAUCUAAAGAAACAAGGUUGCAGGACCUUUUGGAAGCAAAGGCAUUAGCUCUUGCUCAAGCGGACAGGCUUAUUACGCAGUAUCGUUGCCAGAGAGCUCAAGCUGAAACAGAGGCUAGGACUCUUGCUUCAAUGUUGAAGGAAGCUGAACGAAAAAAUGAAGAUCUUGAGGCAUUGUUAAAAGCGCAGCAAGUAGAAUCUGAACGGGCACAAAGUGAUAUUGAACAGCUCUUUCAACACAAUAGAAAGCUGCAGACUAUAGCUGAAGAACAUGAGCUACUAAAAAGAUCUUCAAUUGAUCUUCUCCAAAAGUAUGAAGCAAUAGAAAAGCAAUAUAAUGAUAUGCAGCUAAUGUGUAAUUCAUUGAAUAAACAACUUGAGAACAUAAAAAAGCUGAACGAGUCGCUCAAGCAACAGAAUGACAAAAGACACCCUCCCAGAAUCCCAGAACGGCUUCCGUCCCUCCAGAGGAACAGGACAUGAUCUUCACUGCAUGGCAGCUGUAAGAAAAAUGCAGGGAACAAAAUCAACCUCUAUACAUGGCAUUCAUUGACCUUGUAAAGGCAUUCGACACAGUGAAUCGCAGCGCUCUCUGGACCAUCCUCCAAAAAAUCGGGUGCCCUGACAAAUUUGUGAACAUCCUGCAGCUCUUCCAUGAUGACAACAGUCUUGGACAGCAACGGCUCCCAAAGUGACCCAUUUAAGGUGGAAUCAGGUGACAAGCAGGGAUGCGUUAUUGCCCCUACCUUAUUUUUCAUCUUCAUCGCUAUGAUACUUCACCUUGUUGAUGGGAAGCUUCCCACCAGUGUGGAAAUCAUCUAUUCGACAGAUGGCAAGCUAUUUAACCUCAGCAGACUGAGAGCCAAAAUCAAGGUCACCACAAAUCUGUUAUAGAACUCCAAUAUGCCGAUGACAACGUAGUCUGUGCACACUCAGAAGAAGACCUACAAGCCACUCUAAACACCUUCGCAGAAGCAUACGAGAAGCUCGGCCUCUCAUUGAACAUUGAGAAAACCAAAGUGCUCUUCCAACAGGCACCAGCUAAUCCCUCUGCAAAGCCAGGAAUACAAUUUAAUGGUGUAACAUUAGAAAAUGUUGACCAUUUCCGUUACCUUGGGAGCCACCUCUCCACAAAAGUCAACAUCGACACUGAAAUACAACACCGCUUGAGCUCUGCGAAUGCAGCAUUCUUCCAAAUGAAGCAGAGAGUUUUUGAUGAUCGGGACAUCCAUAGAGAUGCCAAGGUGCUUGUUUAUAAAGCCAUUGUCCUCCCAACCCUGCUGUACGCCUGCGAAACGUGGACGGUCUACAGAUGUCACACUCAACUCCUAGAGUGUUUCCAUCAGUGUUGCCUCAAAAAAAUCCUGCAAAUCUCUUGGGAAGACAGGCGGACAAAUGUCAACUUGCUGGAAGAAGCAAAGACCACCAGCAUUGAAGCGAUGCUCCUACGCCAUCAACUCCGCUGGACUGGCCACGUUGUCCGAAUACCCGAUCACCAUAUCCCAAAGCAGUUACUCUACUCCUAACUCAAGAACGGGAAAUGUAAUGUUGGUGGGCAGGAAAAGAGAUUUAAAGAUGGGCUUAAAGCCAACCUUAAAAACUGUGGCAUAGACACCGAGAACUGGGAAGCCCUGGCCCUUGAGCGCUCUAAUUGGAGGUCAGCUGUGACCAGCAGUGCUGUGGAGUCCGAAGAGGCAUGAAUGGGGGGCUUAAGCGAGAAACAUGCCAAGAGGAAGGCCCAUCAAGCCAACCCUGACCGGGAGUGGGACUUCCUUCCACCUAGAAACCGAUGUCCUCACUGUGGUAGAACAUGCAGAUCAAGAAUAGGUCUCUUCAGCCACUUACAGACACACCCCCAAGACAACAGAAAUGGAAGACAAUCAUCCUCGAACUACGAGGGAUCGCCUAAGUAAGUAAGUAAGGUAGAAGAGAGGCGGAUCUGGCACACAGUCGAAAAGGAAAAGGGUCUUUUAUGUAGAGCUUUUUUUGGUUAUCCAUUAUUUGGUUGUUUAGAUGACCUCUGUCAUUCGUCUCAGCCCUACUGGAGCCUCAUAAACCCUGGAAGUAUAGGUUUUCAUGAUCUUUGAUUAGGUACACAUGUGUUGUUUACAGCUCAAAGUUCUCAGGUUAGUUAUCUUAGCAUUUUUUCUCAUUAGCACUUUUGAUGCCAAAGUUAACAAAUUCUUCACCUCCUUUGUUCUCCAUAAAGCAGUUUUCCAGGCCCCAUUUUUAGAAUGGUGUCUUCAGCCUUGCCAGACUUUAAUAUGCUUCAAACAAUUCAUUCAAUCCACUCACCACACAUUGAUCUUAUGUUUUGUGAGGGGAGGGCUAUAUAAGGGUUUUUUCCCCCUUUCUUGAAACAACCUCAAAAAGCCUGCUUCAGGAGGCUUCUAAAAGUGGAAUGAGGUUGGUGGGUGGAGAAGGAGAGGUCGAUCUGUAUCAGGGCCUUCUUGUCAAGUUUAGGCAGUUCUUCCACCAGAAAAGACUUUUUGAAAAGUUCUUCCGCCUAGUUUUGGCAAAUUGUCCUUUCCUCCAGCAGCCCCUAUCCCAAUCCAUGCUGUGUUUAGAAGAGAUAUUUUUAGUGAGUUGUCUCCAAGGCUGAUUGGAUGAGGAAAUUUUUCCAGAAAUUGUAUUUAAUUUGGUCCAGUUGAGUACAGUUAGGCUAGACUGUAUCUAUAUGAGAUACAAUUUGAGUUGUAAUUGAGAAAUGAUGUUUGCAUACAUUUUUUUUCUGAAAGUCCCUUGCAGAGCCCAAAUUGGUUGAAGUUAUAUUCCACCUUCUUCCUAAGAUGGGUUUCAAGGCAGCUUAUAAUAAUGUAAAACAAUCAGAAUAAUAAUAUUAAUUUAAAUAAAUAAAAUACAAGUUUAAAACAUAAUUAAAAUAGGAGCACAUCUUUCUUGUUUGGAUUAUGUUUCAAUUUUACCCUCAUCGAGUUCAUUUGAUAGGAGACACUUGUUUAGUACAGAAAUAGCUUUCUUGGAAUUGGAUGGAAAGAAGACAGAGUUGUGUAUCAUCAGCAUACCGCAUACUUUUUAUUUGGGGCUCUUUCAUAUUUAAGUAUGUAUUUACCUUUGUUCUAAGGCAGGGAAUUCAAACUAAGUUUCCUUUCUUUUAUCAUUUUUUUAAAAAAGAAAGAAAUGAAAUUGUGUGUUCAUUUGGGUAGCUCAGAAUUAGACUCAUUCAGCGUUUCCUGGAAUGGAUUAUGGAAGGGGGAAAACCCAACUGACGUUAAUGAUGGUGGAAAACAACACUGCCUUAUAUGUUGCCUUUCAGUUUAGUUGAGAGAUAAGAUCUGUGGUUGUUUUACUUUCUAAUGCAUGAUGUUUCAAUGUCAAGGAGGAUAAAGUUAAAAAAAAACCCUAUGUACAUGAUAGUGUAAUUCAGCAAAAAUAACAUCUCCGCUAUUUAUAUAUACCAUGUUCCCACAUAACAAGUUCAAAUGCUAGGUUACAACUUAGAAGUGUAGAUGUACAGUUGCCUCUAGCUGCUUGGUGAAAAGUUUGUCUUCCGUGGAUAACAAAAUGAAGGAAUGUUUCACUAAACUACAUGCAGAAAGUAUAUAAUUGAAAACUUUCUUUGCCAGUAUCAGUAAAUGUUGUAGUUUUUCACUUUGAAGACAAGGAAAGGGGCUUCUUUUAAAUUCAUCUGUGGAAGAACUUUAAUA